GUAACCAUGCAGAUGCCAGGCUGAAAGUAACAACAGGGAGUCUUUGCUAUAAACCGCGUCUUGUUUAGAUUGCCAACCCUGUAAAGACAUUGAACGUUGACAGUUGCGGAUUUGAUCGAUCUUCACGUGUUCAAGUGCCACGCGCGGUGUUUUGCUCCAGCGAGUGUUAGACAACAAAACAACAUUACCGCUUUAACUUAUUUUGGAAGAGAUGUCGUGUUUUGGUGGUGGUCCGAACUUCUGCCCAGAGUGUGGGAAUGUUCUUCCUCUCCCAGGAAUACCGGACGUAGUGUGCUGCCCCGGCUGCUCCUUUAGGAUCCCUGUAUCAGAGUUCUCAGGUCAGGAGAUCUAUUCUGCCGUGGUGUUUAACCCUGUGGAGCAGACGGCUGUGUCUCAGGAUGAGGAGGACUCUGAAAUGAAGGGUGCUGUGAUUGACAGGCGCUGCUCUCGUUGCAACAAAGAGGGUAUGAUUUACCAUACCAGGCAGAUGAGGUCUGCAGAUGAAGGACAGACAGUCUUUUUCACCUGCACACACUGCAGGUAUCAAGAGAAGGAGGACUCCUAAGAAGAGGGUCCUUUGCAUCUCCCCCCUCCUGCUUACUCAGCUAUUGUUGAAGACUGCACAAAAACCAGUUUAAACAGAGCUUACAGUAACCUUUAUUUUAAACUUGAGUUUGUACAGUUAGGAUUGAACAACAUUUAAGUUUAUGUGACUGUUGUACAGCUGACCACGUCAAUAAAAACUUAUUAAAGCAGCA